UAUGAUCACAAUACACAAAAGAGCAGUUACUGCAAAUUGCAGAGUCUUAUAAAGUCGAAAUCGCUCCUAGGUAUAAGACUUUGAAGGAAACUUUGCGAAACGUCCUUAAAGGCUGUCUGGUGGAGUUAGGCGUUUUACAAAUGCCAUUAGAAAACGUUAGUGUUGUGGAGGAAGUGGCUGAUGUUUCGGUAAGUGAGAAUGCUAUUCGAUUGAGAGAGUUGGCAGUUAAAGAAAAAGAAUUGGAGUUAGAGAAUGCCAAAUUAGAGCUGCGAAAGCGUGAACUUGAUCAUCAGUUUGCUUUGAAACGAAUGGAGUUAGAGAUGAGCUCUAAGGCUGCUCACGCUGCCUCUGAUUUUGAUGUCGGCCGAAAUCGGAGGAUGGUCCCUCCUUUUUGUGAGAAGGACGUUGAGAAGUAUUUUUGUCAUUUCGAGAGGGUUGCAGCUUCAUUAAAGUGGCCUGAAAAUGUUUGGUCUUUGCUUUUGCAAUGCGUGAUUACCGGUAAGGCGCAGGAGGUUUAUGCUUCGUUGUCCAUUGAAGAUUCUGCUGAUUAUACGAUUGUUAAGGCUGCUAUAUUAAAAGCCUACGAGUUAGUCCCGGAAGCAUAUAGACAGCGAUUUAGACAAUACACGAAACUUUCGAAUCAGACUUAUGUUGAGUUUGCGCGUGAAAAGGAAAUUUUGUUUGAUCGUUGGUGCGCGUCUCAAAAAGCCGAGAGUAGAGAGCAGGUUAGACAGUUAAUCCUUAUAGAGGAAUUUAAGAGUUGUGUACCUGUCGCCCUUGCUACUUAUGUAAACGAACAAAAAGUAGACACGCUCUACAAAGCUGCUACUCUGGCCGAUGACUUCGUUUUAACACAUAAAGUCACUUUCAAGGAUGUUCAAAAAUCACGAGAUAAUAUUCCUGUUGAUCCACCUGUUGUGUUGCCUCGCAAAUCGUUUAAUGGUAAGCCUACUGUUUCGACUGGUGAUAGGGUUUGCUUUUAUUGUAAGGCCUCUGGUCAUUUAAUCGCAAACUGCCCUGUUCUUAAAAAGAAGUCUCAUACAAAAACUGUUGGUUUGAUCUCUGUUGAUUCCAGUUCGAAAUUUGACUGCAUUACGCCUGAGUCUGAUUGUGAUGCCCAUCUCAUCAAAACUGGUUAUGGACCUUUCCUGCAUUGUGGAACUGUGUUUAUUCCCAGUUUGUGUAAGCCUGUACCUGUUCGUAUUCUUCGGGAUACGGGGGCUAGUCUUUCGUUUAUUCUGGAGGGGGUUUUACCGUUGUCACAGGAGACUACCACGGGUAGUGUUGCUUUAGUCCGAGGUAUUGAAAUGGGAGUUAUGGAGGUUCCGUUACACAGAAUUCAUUUGCAAUCAGAAUUGGUGUCGGGUGAUGUGGUAGUGGGUGUUCGUUCAUCUCUUCCAGUUCCUGAAGUAACAUUCAUUUUAGGAAAUGAUUUAGCUGGAAGUAGUGUGUGGAGUUGUGCUGAUGUAUCACCUGAGGUUGUCUCUGUACCGCUUGUUGCUAACGCUGAUGAUUGUGGACUUAAGUAUCCUGAUGUUUUUACCGCGUGCGCAGUUACUCGCUCUAUGGCCAAAUCCGCUGAUCGUUUCAUUUCGGAUGAAGUGGAUUUAUGCGACACGUUCAUUGCAAAUCCUGAUGUAACGAAACUGCUUUCCGUUUCUCCACAGGAAAAAGCAUAUCUGACUCCCGUGAUUGCCGAAAAGUCUACUCGUAAAGAUCAUGUUGAUUUGUCUCUGUGUCCAGAUAAAUUAAAUGCUGCCCAAAGGUUCGACGCAACUCUUGCCCCAUUAUUUGAAUUGGUUCAACCAGUGCCUGAGACUGAGAGUGUGCCGGCGUCCCAGGCAUAUUUCCUCAAAAAUGAGAUCUUGAUGAGAAAAUGGGUGUCUUCCAAAUCUUCUGAUGACUGGAAUGCAGUCAGGCAAAUUGUAGUUCCAGUAGUUUAUCGUGAUAUGAUUUUAAGCGUUGCACAUAACGGUUUGGCUGGUCAUUUAGGUGUCGCGAAAACGUAUGACCGGAUUCUGCGAAAUUUUUAUUGGCCCGGUUUAAAAAGAGAUGUUUCACGUUUUUGUCAGACUUGUCAUGUGUGUCAAAUGGUGGGAAAGCCCAACCAAGUUAUUCAGCCUGCACCACUUUGUCCAAUUCCCAUGGUUUCGGAGCCAUUCGAGCACGUAAUAGUUGACUGUGUUGGACCUUUUCCACGUUCAAAGUCUGGGUACAAGUACCUACUAACUAUUAUGUGCGUGACUACGCGUUUCCCUGAGGCGGUACCUUUGCGUUCCAUCACCGCUAGAGCCAUCACUAAGGCACUCAUUAAGUUUUUCUCAGUUUUUGGGUUACCAAGAGUGAUACUGCGUCGAUCGCGUAGGCUCUGCUGUUUAUGUUUCGAAACUUGACCUGUUGAAGGGAUACUGGCAGGUGCCUCUGACAGAACGUGCUAAGGAGAUCUCAGCAUUUGUCACUCCUGAUGCUUUCCUUAAUUAUAAGGUUAUGGCUUUCGGGAUGAAAAAUGCACCAAGUACCUUUCAGCGGCUUGUCAACACUGUUUUGGCUGGUGUAGGUGGUUGUGAAGCUUACUUGGAUGACUUGGUUCUGUACAGCUCCUCGUGGGCUGAACAUGUUGCGUUACUUCGCCAAGUUUUUCAGCGGUUGGCUGACGCUAAGCUCACUGUUAAUCUGAGUAAAUGUGAAUUUGGUAAGGCCACCAUUGUGUACUUAGGAAAAGUUAUUGGCAGGGGUCAAGUACGGCCAGUGGCUGUAAAGGUUGCGGCCAUUUGUGACUUUCCAUCUCCAACGGAUCGUAAGCAAUUGAGACGUUUUUUAGGAAUGGUGGGUUACUAUCGUUUCUUUUUGCAGAAACUUUGCAACUGUGGUUUCUCCUCUUACCAACUUGCUGAGUCCUAAAGUUCGGUUUGAGUGGUCUGAUGUGUGCCAGUGUGCGUUUGAAAAUGUUAAAUCUCUGUUGAUUUCAUCCCCAGUGUUGGCCGCACCUGACCAUUCACAACAGUUCAGUAUCGUGGUGGAUGCUAGCGAUGUUGGGGCGGGAGCUGUCCUCCAGCAGAUGGGUGCUGAUGAUGUGGAACACCCAGUGUGUUACUUUUCUAAAAAGUUUAAUACUGCACAGUUAAAGUAUUCUACUAUUGAAAAGGAGGCAUUAGCAUUAGUUCUUGCGAUUCAACAUUUCGAGGUGUAUUUGUCCAGCUGUUAUUCGAUCCUUGUGUAUUGUGAUCAUAAUCCGCUUAUCUUUUUGAACUCCAUGCGCAAUUUUAAUCAGCGUCUUAUGCGCUGGAGUUUAUACUUGCAGCCAUACGACCUUGACAUUAAACAUGUCAGAGGUCGGGACAACGUGGUCGCUGACGCCCUAUCCCGGAUUGGAUAGGCCUGUGGGUAACGUAUGUUUUUGAGAAAGGUGUCUUUUAGUAGAUGCACUUUCUUGUGGUGACAGUUCACUUUUGGGGGAUGAAGGUGUUACAUGCAUGUAUAUUUAUGUAUUUGCCUGCCCUCUAGGGGCAGGUAAAGCGUGAUUUACCAUUGUUCUGAUUUAGCAGAUCCUCUACACGUGUGGACUAUUUACGUGAGCUUAAAGGAAGUCAAGUUCCCACACUUCAGGGGCGGAACUUGAGCGGCCGUCCCGAGUCGGAGCUGAGCUCAGCGGAAAUAUCUCUCUGACAGCCAGAGCUGAGAGCAUUGUACCUCCGAGCGCUGGGCUGAGGGGUCUUGACACCACCAGACUACUGAAUGCUGAGACCACCAAACUUAUAAUCAUCAACACGGAGACCAAAGACCAAAGAUAUGGUUUCGUUUCGUUCCGCCAUUACAGUCACUGCCAUUGACCACUGCUGCUUCGAUUUGAGAAGAUAACGUGUGUUUCUGCUGGAUUGUAAAGAUGCAGACCAACAAUGUUAUCAGAGUGAAGUUCAAAGACAGCAAGAGAUAUAUUUUUUCUUCAAAACCUUUUACAUUUCAAUCAUUUUUGGAAUGUGUUGCCAAUAAAUUUGAUCUUCCUACAAUGGAUGUGAAAGUCUUUGAUGACUCGAAGACAGAAGUUGAUGAGGAAGCAUUCGUAUAUCUGCUGACACGACCAGAUCUUGGUGUAUUAGAAAUUGUCAUCCCAGGCACAGCAAACAUUGAUGAUUCUUUAAGCUCAAGCUCAUUAGGAGAUGAAGGUACAUCAGAGUCUGAUGACACUGCAAUGUUGAUUACAAGCCCUCCUGAAAAAAAUCAAGCUGAGGAACAUCGUCUUGCCAAGAUGAUUGAAGAGAUUCUAAAGACCAGCCCUGGAGGUGAAAAGAUUAUAAACGAAUAUACCCGCACCAAAUGUCUGUCCGAUACCCGAAGACGUGACAUGGUGAAAAUUUUGGUAGCACAUUUAACAAAUGAACAUGGAACAAGCCCUUCCCGACGUUUGAAGGAAGAAUAUGCGAAAUGAAUCAUUUCCCUCUUCCCAUGCUUGGCUGACCCCAGGAGCAAGCUUGGAUAUGAGCAUUAUUACAAUGCAGAAGAUGGAAGUGGAUAUUUGGCGUGGAGAAUUAAAACUCUGCAGAAAGAAGCAUCAGAGGGACGGAUGAAGCGUCCACGGCAACCACAAACAGGUGGGCCAACUGCUGACAGACAAUCCUACAAAGAAGACUGCUAUUUGACUGAAGACCGUCAUUGUCAGGAAGCAAUAGCCCUGAUGAAGCAUACAGCUGAUGAGGCAGUGGUAAAGGAAAAGAUGAAGUUAACGCUGGCCUAUCGCCAGAAGCUGCUGCAUGACCCUAAAAAGUCUGCUGAUAUUCUAUCAGUUUUCUCACGAUUCCUGGAUAUACCAGGCUUGAUUAAUCAAGAUUUUGGACUUUUGUUUGGUGAUGCGACCUCUGCAAAGUUGUUGGAGAAGUGGUCUACCAACAUAAAACCAAAGGUUAUUGCACAGAGCCGUGGCCUCACACAGACUAGUGAGCUCCAAGACCUCAUCCAAAAUGCUGAAGCCACUGAAGUUGAAGAAGGGUGGGACAGCGACAUGUCUUCCAUUCUGAUGCUGGUUCACCUUUUGCCACCCUCAAGUCAAGGCCGCAAGAGACCGGGAAAGAUCUCAGCCAAACAAGCAUGUGAUCAUCUUGUGAAAUUCAUCAAGACCGGUAACAGUAUCCAAGGGCACUUGGACAGUAUUGGAGAGAGACUCCAGCCGUAUCUACUCGCUGUUGGGCCGAACAAAAGUAGGAUCCAUUCUUGGUUUAUUGUGAUUGACCAACAUGCUCUACCCUGUAAGGCUUCUAAUUCAUUGGCCUGUGUUGAUGAGCUUUUCAAAGCUCACUUUGUCUUUGGGACUUCAUACUGUCAGGAACUGACCAAUGUGUUUAGCUUUCUGCAAACCACAGUCUAUGAUAUAGAUGUUGAAACCACCAAGGUAAAUCCCAGAGUAUCCGAGUUGAGAGCUAGAAUCCUCCAGUGAGCAGAUGAUUUGUUUCAUUUGUAAAAAGGGGCAUGCUAAUGCCAAUGCCCUUAUAAGGCACUUCAAGUUAGUUCAUGGCCUUUGUCCAGGAAAAAGUCUCAAGUUAAAAUGUGCUCAAAGAGGUUGUUCACAUGUUUACCAUAGUUUUUCUGGAUUACGAAAGCAUCUCAGCAAGUGUUGUGCAAUUGACCGUUCACGCAUUGAUUCUGGUGAAAGCUCAUCCACCGCCAACUCCAUUUCAUUAGAUGAUGUAGGUGUUUUAUCAAACCAAAAUCCGCCUUGUGAGUCUGCACUCUUAAAAACAAAUAUAGUAAACAGUUGUGCAACAGUGGUGGCUGAACUUAAAGUUGCUGGUGUGGCAGAGACAACUAUUAACUAUGUUGUUGGUGCUCUAGAAGAAGUGAUUGGAGAUAUUCAUAGUGAAACUCAAGAAUCAGUGAAAAACAGCCUAUCCUUAGAGGAGCCCAUAAAAAGUGUUGUCGAGUCUCAAAUUGAUCAGUGUUUUGAAAAAAUACAAAAUCCUUUUGCGACAUUAAACACUGAAAAAAAAGAGAAUGCGGUACUUUUCAGACAAAUGGGGGAAAAUAGAUCCUGUUGAAUAUGUUCUUGGAACAAGAUUUGCAACGCGGCGUAACAGAACAACUGGAACUUUUGCCCAAACCAUUGUUAAGGAUAAAUUUGUAUAUAUACCAAUUCUUGAGACUUUACAGUCCAUUUAUAGACACCCUAGCAUUACAGAUAUGAUGGCGAGAGAUUCACAACAAAGACCAAAUUGUCUUUAUGACAUACACGAUGGAGAAUUCUUUAAGAGGCAUGCACUCUUCUCAAAACAAAGACAUGCAGUUCAGAUCCAGCUUUUUUUUGAUGAAUUUGAAUGCUCAAACCCCCUUGGAUCAAAACGAGGAAUACAUAAGUUAGGAGCUAUCUAUUUUACCCUUAGAAAUAUUUCCCCUAAAUACAAUUCGAGUUUACUAAAUAUACAUUUAGUCACUUUAUUUCAUGCACAAGAUAUCAAAACCUAUGGGUUUGAUAAAAUACUAGAGCCACUUGUCCAGGAUAUCUCAACACUGGAAACCAUUGGAAUUCAGAUUCCUUUAUUUGACCAGACAGUUUAUGGAACCAUUGUCCAGGUUACUGGUGACAUUCUUGGUGUCCAUUCCUUGUUUGGUUUUGUGGAAUCAUUUAGUGCUAGGUACUGUUGCCGCUUUUGCCUACUAGAGAAAGAGGACUUUCAGACAGUGUUCAGUGAAGAUAGGCCAAAGAUGACAGUGCGAACUAAAGAACUUCAUGCUGAACACUGCCAGACGAUGCAGAGCAAUCCCAGUCUGCCUUAUGUAAUGGGAGUAAAAAAGUCUUGCUUUUUAAAUUGGUUGCAAUAUUUCCACACAACUUCAAAUUUUUCAGUCGAUAUUAUGCACAACAUAUUAGAGGGGGUUGCUCAAUUUGAGAUGAAAUUACUAAUUCAGCACCUGAUAGAAAAUUACACCACAUCAGCAGAAGUAGACAAAAGAAUUCAGUUUCAACUAUGGCUUCAUGGAACAAAACAACAAACCUCCUGGUGUACAAUUAAGAGAGGGUUCCAAUGACUUGGGCUUAAAUGCCACUCAGAGCUGGUGUUUAUUGCGUUAUCUGCCCAUCAUGUUUGGAGAUCUUGUGCAUCCUAAUGAUCAACACUGGUAUUUGUUCAUUUUAUUGCUUCAGAUAGUCAGUAUUGUGUUUUCUUCAGUUAUAUCCACUGGUAUCACCAUUUAUUUGAAACAUCUGAUUACAGAACACCACAGUUUGUUUAAGCAGUUGUUUCCCGAUAAGAACUUAUUGCCAAAGCAUCAUUUUAUGGUGCAUUACCCCAGUUGUAUGCAGAAAAUUGGACCACUGAUACAUAGUUGGUGUAUGCGUUAUGAAGCGAAACAUAAUGUUUUUAAAAAGCAGCUGAAAAGCUUUAAAAACAUAACGAAAACAAUAGAAAAGAAACAACAGUGCCAAAUGGCUUACAUUUGGCAAACAUUUGAUCCUAAUGCCAUGAAAUUUGGUCCCGGGAAAAUGGUCCCAUUGAAUGAAAUGGAAGUUGGUGCUGAGAUGGCUGGAAAACUUAAUGUGCCUGUGUGGACUAAGGUCCUAAAUGUGAAGUGGGUCAAGCGCUGUGGAAACACUUAUCGAUCAGGGUUGGCAGUUUGUGUUCAAGUUCAAAAUGACAUGCCUGUGUUUUAUGUAAUCCAGAAUAUUGUUAUUAAAGAUGAGCACAACCUUUUAAUAACAACUGCACUGAAAACAAUGUGUUUAGAUGAACAUAUCCAUGCUUACAAAGUUGCACAUACCACAGAAGCACCUUAUGUUUUGGAGAUUAAGGAUAUUUUGCACCACAAGUUGUUUGACAUUCUGAUGUCUUAUGGUUGUGAUUCUGAUUUGUUUAUUGUACCAUAUAGUUUCAUGUAAUUCUUUUUCAUCUCGUCCAUUGCUAUCAUUACUUUUUAUUUUAGUAUUUUAUUU